AUGGCUACCAUCUCAAGAGCGACCCGGAUCCGCAAUCCGGCAGUGUUUCUCUGUGAUAUCCAGGAGAGAUUCAGAACAGGCAUCUAUGAGUUUUCCAAGCUGGUUUCAACCUCCGAGAAACUCCUCAAAGCAGCACAAACUCUCGACAUACCCGUGUACGUGACGACCCAGAACCGGGCUCGACUAGGCGACACAGUCUCCGAGCUGCAGCCGUACCUAUCUCAUUCGAACGUACAGGCAAACAUCGACAAAACCCUUUUCUCGAUGAUCACGCCCGAGAUCGCCGCUUUGCUCCCUGCCUUCUCCUCCUCCUCUUUCCCGCUCGACGCAAUAAUCGUCGGAAUAGAGACGCACAUCUGUGUCACGCAGACAACCCUUGAUCUCCUUGCGCGCGGGCAUAGAGUCUACCUCCUCGUCGAUGGAGUGAGCAGCAUGAACCCGGAGGAGAGGGCGGUGGCCCUCUCCCGUCUGCGCGACGCGGGCGCCAUCGUCACCUCGAGCGAGAGCAUCAUCUUCGAAAUGCUGGGAGAUGCCAAACGGAGCGAGUUCAAGGCCAUUAGUAACUUGGUCAAGGAGUGCAAGGAGGAGACAACCGCCGCGCUAGAGGUUUUUGCAAAGAUAUAA